AUGCCUCCACCGACAGAACAGAGUUUCCGCGCCAACCUCUCCCAAUUCCGCUGGGCAAGGGGCAAUACCAACGACUCACAACCCGCACCCCAGCAAUCACAGCCUGGGAACCCAUUCUCCCGCUUUUACAACGCAGUUGCGGGCGAUUACAUACCGCUGCGGUCGAACGACCAGUCCAAUGAGGAGGAGGCUUGGUUCGCGUUGUCGAGAUGGGAGAGACUGUUGGGCUUUGGAGGGUGUCUGAUAGGCGCAGCCGUUUGUUUCUUCGUGGCGUUCUUGACGCUGCCGCUCCUCGCGAUCCGGUACGUCACAUCCCUCUACCCACUCAACACCCCUCUAAAUCCCUCCAAGACCAGCCAAAUUCGCGCUUUCCUUCAGUUUGGGAAGCCUGCUGGUCAUGUUCGGCUCACCCUUGCGUGCUCCAGAUUCUCGGUAUUGAUAGGCCCACUAAACCACGUGAAGCACCUCAUCUCGAAAGAACGCCUACCGUUCUCUUUCAUCUACUUCUCAAGCCUCGGGCUGACGUUGUAUUUUUCAUUGGGAGCACACUCAUAUUUCGGUUCUCUAAUUUGCGGGGCUGUACAGGUAGUUUCAUUAGUAGCAUACGUCCUCGCGUACUUCCCCGGCGGCACUCAAACGCUACGACUUGGGGGCUCGUUGGCACUUCGUGGUGCAGGCAGCCUCUUGCCACGUUAG